GGGAUGGAUGUUUUUUCCUGGAUACCCCCGACACCGAUCGCACAAGGAUUCGACGGGUGCCCGGGUGGACCAGAGUGCAAGUUUCUGUGCAAGGAUUUGGUGAGGGGCUUCAACGAGAAAAAUCCAGACAAUAAGAUCAAAUGCUUACCGCACGACGAGGAAAAAUACCCGGAUGACCCGUCCUCGGCCGACAUGAAAAGAGGGUGUACGCCGACCGUGGAUUGUGAUUUGGAUCAAAACAAAUGCACCUGGUUAUCAAAAGGAAAAAUCCCCCCUCCCCAUAUCGAAACGAAACUUCUGAUGCUGGAUUUGCGUACACAAAUCAGCUUUGUAUUGCAGGAAAGCAUUGCAGUCAGGUCCCCAGGCUAGGUAGGGGCGUAUGCGUCUAGUUGUUCAGCAUGGCAAGCGGCUCCCCUUUAGGUUCAACAGCGUGACAAAUCGCCUCCAUAAUGGGGCGGAAGCUUCUGCCCUUGCCUUCUUGCAAAACAAAUGCUAUCUGCGACCUCAAAUCAGCAACACAAAUUUUCGGCAACAUGCCUUUUCAAUAUGGGGAGGGGGGAUCUUUCCUCUCGAUACUGGUGGAUCGCCGUCGUGGUCGCCAUCGUCAUUGUCGUCCUAGCCAUCAUCGGGAUUUUUGUUUUUUUUUGGCUUUGGCAAGCGUAAGGCUAAGGGGGGCUGCUCAACAACCAACAUCGCUGUGAUAGUAUAGACAAGGUGGAG